UCCCACCCUUUGUGAUUGCCCAGAUCUUGCAAGCUGAGAGGUUACCUCUGAAACAGGAUAGGCGACUGCAUCUGGCUGAGUGACACUGUCAGCCACAGACAGCACCUGAAACCUGUUUUUCAGACUAACUGGCCACACCCCAGGGUGACCUACUCGACCACAUGUUGAGCAGUAACUGGGCUGGCCACUGGUGAAGACCAAUCGGAAGACUGGACAUGCUGGACUUCUGUUGGAUACCCACGGCCAGCUCACAACAGUGGUGCCCAUCCAAUGCAGCUUCAAGCUUUGUAACUGAAGCCAUCACAGCUGGGAGGGGAGAGUGAAGUGCCACAAACUCAGAUCGCAUCUGCCCACAACAAUCACAGUCCCUAUCCAUACUAAAGACCAUGGAAAACUAAACUAACAAGAUAAAUGGACUAUCGGCACGUGCUGUGGAACUCUACUGUAGAUCCUGACAAAAACACAGGAACUGUCCCUAAUAUAUUAGAUUAAUACACAGAGAUACAAAAACCUAACUACUGAAGCACUCAGGUGAAACUAUAUAAUUCACCCCUGAUUAGGAACCUAUAAUAUGUCAUGUCACAAAAUUGGUUUACUUUCCAACACAAACAAAAAUGUGAGAACUGUGGCCAUUAGAUAUUAAAUUCACAAGCAGAAACUCAAGAAACUAAAGUAUCAAAGGACACAGAUGAAAUUAUACAAUUUGCUUCUGGUUAGGAACUUAAAAGUCACAAAAUCGGUUACUUCCCUGUCAUUGGGUCUGUCUCGGCCAGUCACUGAUGCCUGACUGUUUGAUUGUAUCAUCAUAAGUAUCUAUGGAAAGUGGUUGUAGGGUAGUGAAGCCAUGAGUAAGCAACAAGGUGUUGGAUGUCCUCACCUCAUCACAGAAUGAGGGUGAAGGCUCACCCACUCUGUAAAGCAGGAUAGUUGUUGGCUCUGGUGGUGGUGGUAGUGGCAGUGCUGGUGUGUGUGUGUGUGUGUGUGUGUGUGUGUGUGUGUGUGUUUGAGAGAGAGAGAGAGAGAGAUAUGUGACGUGAUGUGAUGACAGAUUACAGUGCUAACGGAAGAUUCCAUACCAUUGACACCUUUGUGUUCCCUUUUAGACCCAAUGACAUUGUCAGUUACAAUUGCAUUGCGCACAGGAUAAUCAAUAUUGGACAGUUAACAGUGGAAAUAUGUCACAUGUUGUCAGACCACAUCAAUGGUAGUAGCCACCAGAUACUCUGUCAUGGCUGCUUGGGCUGCUUGGGAAAUGCACCGCACCAUGGAUGAUGGCAAAGGUGGCGUGGAGGUCAGGGCAGAGGGAUUGUAAGUACUAUAUUAUGGGGUCUAUUCAUUUGGGAUUCCAUGGGAUCUGUGGUAGUGAUCAAAGGCAUUGUGACAGCUGUGGACUGUAUGAACAAUAUUACAAGCCACCUGCAUCCCUUAUUGCUUGAUGUCUUCCCAAUAGUAAUAGCAUCUUCCACCAGGAGAACUAUUCACAUCACAUAAUGAGAUCAUUUUGAUGUCUUAUCCAACAAAUUUGCCUGACCUGAAGACAGUUACAUCUGGGACACUACUGAAUGCCAGCUUUGUGCUCACAAACCACCUGACCAGAUUGCAGUUUACAAGAACAGUAAAACCUGUGCUUAGACAUGUGGUGCCAUAUUGCUCUGCAGAUCUACCAAGAUUUGUCAAAUCCUUACCACACAGAAUCACUGCUGUAUUGCAUUCCAAAGGUGCACCAAAAUGCUAUUAAGCAGGUAAUCAGAAUGUCUUGGCUCAUCAGUGUAAGUGACCAAUUGGGAGGUUUCUUUUUUCUGUUGCAAUAUGCAGCUCUCUAUGUAGUGCUGGUCAGCAUGUAUUCUGAAAUCACUGUUAAUUUUUCAGGAACGUUUUUUUGCAGUCGUUGUGGCCGCUCAUACUCAUCAAAGGGUAAUUUGUCAAGACAUCAACGAUUGGAGUGUGGCGUUGUUCCGCAGUUUGUUUGCAAUUUGUGUAGUAAGAAGUUCAAGCACAGCCAUCAUCUGUUGAAACAUCUCACAUGUUAUCACAAAUUUUAUGAUGGAGGCUAUCAAAACCCUGAUUUUAUCAGCUAGUUUAGUGUUGAUCAAAACAAUUUGUAAUGUUCUUGGACCUUUGAUCUUUAUUUCUGACUGUUGCACAGUCUAUGCA